GCCGCGGGUGGAGCUGCCCUCGGUGCCGCCCCGCGGCCGCCGCUCCGGGAAGCCCAGAGCGCGGGCGGGAGGAGGGCGAGCCAAGGCGGCGGGUGGAGCAGUGGCCGCGCGGCGCGACCAAUCGCGCCGCGCCGGGGGAGGAGCCCCAAGGGGGGAAAAAGAAAGUGCGGCGGAAAGUAAGAGGCUCAUUGGGGGAAGGCUGGCCGGAUCGGGGACCCCAGGGCUCCGCUUUGGCCAGACGCAAGGAAAGAAGCUGUGCUGGGCUACUCUGCACCCAUCCCGCCGCUUUCACUGCGCCGGCUCUGCUGCUUACCAGGAAAGGAUGGGACUUCUGUGGUGUGUAAUGAGUCUCUACUUUUAUGGGAUCCUGCAAAGUCAUGCCUCAGAACGCUGCGAUGACUGGGGACUAGAUACCAUGAGGCAGAUCCAAGUGUUUGAAGAUGAGCCAGCUCGCAUCAAGUGCCCACUCUUUGAACAUUUCUUGAAAUAUAACUACAGCACAGCCCAUUCAGCUGGCCUGACUCUGAUCUGGUAUUGGACUAGGCAGGACCGGGACCUUGAGGAGCCAAUUAACUUCCGCCUCCCUGAGAACCGCAUUAGUAAGGAGAAAGACGUGCUCUGGUUCCGGCCUACCCUCCUCAAUGACACGGGCAACUAUACCUGCAUGUUAAGGAACACCACGUAUUGCAGCAAAGUUGCAUUUCCUCUGGAAGUUGUUCAGAAAGAGACCUGUUUCAAUUCUUCCAUGAAACUCCCAGUGCAAAAACUGUAUUUAGAAUAUGGUAUUCAGAAGAUCACUUGUCCAAAUGUAGAUGGAUUUUUUCCUCCCAGUGUCAAACCAACCGUCACUUGGUAUAUGGGUUGUCGUAAAAUAGAGGACUUUCAUAAUGUGGUACCUGAAGGCAUGAAUUUGAGUUUUCUCAUAGCCUUGGUUUCAAAUAAUGGAGAUUAUACAUGUGUUGUCACAUAUCCAGAAAAUGGGCGUACCUUCCAUCUCAGCCGGACUCUGACUGUAAAGGUGGUAGGUUCUCCAAAAGAUGCUCUGCCCCCCCAGAUCCAUUCACCCAAUGAUCUUGUGGACUACGAGAAAGAACCGGGAGAGGAGCUACUCAUCCCUUGUAAAGUCUUUUUUACUUUCCUGAAGGACUCUCGCAAUGAGAUUUGGUGGACCAUUGAUGGAAAAAAGCCAGAUGACACCACUCUGGACGUAACUGUUAAUGAAAGUGUAAGUCAGACUCUAACAGAAGAUGAAUGGAGAACUCAGAUUUUGAGCAUCAAGAAAGUUACUGCUGAGGAUCUCAAGCGCAACUAUGUCUGUCAUGCUAGAAAUGCCAAAGGGGAGGUUGACAAACCAGCCAAGGUGAAACAGAAAGUGAUAGCUCCAAGAUACACAGUGGAACUGGCAUGUGGUUUUGGAGCCACAGUCCUGCUAGUGGUGAUCCUCAUUGUCAUUUACCAUGUCUACUGGCUGGAGAUGGUCCUAUUUUACCGGGCUCAUUUUGGAACAGAUGAAACCAUUUUAGAUGGGAAGGAAUAUGAUAUUUAUGUAUCCUAUGCAAGGAAUGCUGAAGAAGAAGAAUUUGUAUUACUGACCCUCCGUGGAGUUUUGGAGAAUGAAUUUGGAUACAAGCUGUGCAUCUUUGACCGAGACAGUCUACCUGGGGGAAAUACAGUGGAAGCAGUUUUUGACUUCAUUCAGAGGAGCCGAAGGAUGAUUGUUGUCCUGAGCCCAGAUUAUGUGACAGAAAAGAGCAUCAGUAUGCUGGAGUUUAAACUGGGUGUCAUGUGCCAGAACUCCAUUGCCACCAAACUUAUUGUGGUUGAAUACCGUCCCCUUGAGCACCCACACCCAAGCAUCCUGCAGCUGAAAGAGUCUGUGUCUUUUGUGAGCUGGAAGGGAGAAAAGUCCAAACAUUCUGGCUCUAAAUUCUGGAAGGCCUUGCGGUUGGCUCUUCCCCUGAGAAGUCUGAGUGCCAGCUCUGGUUGGAAUGAGAGCUGCUCUUCCCAGUCUGACAUCAGUCUGGACCAUGCUCAAAGGAGGAGAAGUCGUUUGAAAGAUCCCCCAGAACUCCAGAGCUCAGGGAGGGCUGCAGGUGCCUCCCCAGCCCCAGGCACGAUGUCCAAACACAGAGGAAAGUCUUCUGCAGCCUGUCGCUGCUGUGUCACCUACUGUGAAGGAGAGAGUCACCUGAGGAGCAAGAGCCGGGCAGAGAUUCAUACCCAACCACAGUGGGAGACACACCUCUGUAAGCCUGUUUCCCAAGAGUCAGAAACUCAAUGGAUACAAAAUGGCACCAGAUUGGAGCCCCCUGCACCCCAGAUCUCAGCCCUUGCUCUUCACCAUUUCACGGAUUUAUCCAAUAACAAUGAUUUUUAUAUCCUAUAAUUACUCUGUGGUGGGUGGUGGCUGCUGUCUCUACCAGCCUUCUUUGUGUCAUGAACCUAUGGGAAUAGUUGACAUUUUUAUCAUCUAAUGGACUAUCAGAUUGUGUCUCCUUUAUUGAUUUUUAAAAACUAUUUAUUUCUAGGAGACAAAAGACCUGAAGGACCUGAAUCCAGAUUAUUGCCUCUAAUGGGCUCAGAAGAGCACACUCUUCUUGGGCCCUAGAAGGUCAGUAUGUGAAAGUCGCCUAAAGUCUGAUCCUCUAUCCUGCCCAAUGGUUUAAAAUUGAGCAAAAAAUUUAAAUGUGUUUCCUUUGAGUUUGUUGAUAAACUUCAUGUUCUGAGUCAGUCAGGGCUACUUGGGCUAUGAUACUUACAGGGUGUGUCUCCCAAGGGAGCAUUAUGGAAUGGAGUUGGUUCUGGUGGAAGCUGUAGGACUAAGCUCAACAGAAAACCUACAGCAUAUUUUCCCUGGAAAAACUAAACACACUCACACAGGGAUAUAUGGUGUUCUCGGUCUCACUGUAAACUAGUGUUCUCUAAACUGCCUAAAAUUGUUGGCAUCAAUAAAGUUAUAUUUUUAUGUGA